AGGCGGUGUCCAUGGCCUCAGAAGAAAACCCACACAAUAAUUGCUUCUGCAAAUUUGCUUGGGAGCAAUUGAAUGGUGACACCAUAACCGAAAAUCUUUUGGAGAAGCGAUAAGCUUGAAUCGAGAGGGAGAAAGAAAGAAUGAGACCAACUUCGGCUUCUUCUUCGAAACAGAGAGGAGAAAAUACCAGAGGCAGCGUUGUCAGUGGUCAUCUGCGUACUCUCCAUCAGCGUCUCUCUGAUGCUCUCAAACUUGGUACCAGAAAUUUUGAUGGAAACACAUGGAAAUGGCAAUGCACUGAUAUUGAGACACAGAGAUAUGUAGUCCGGUCAAUUAACGCCGUCCUUGAUUGCGCUCUUGGAGAUGUGUGUGUGUCACAGCAUCCACUAAUAAAGGAUUUGGCUGCUGAUAUGAUAGCGGCAUUGGUAUGGAUUCUUUCUUGUAAAAACGAAGCCUUACUGUGUACAGCAGCAAAUGCAGUGUUAAAGUUGAUAAGAGUUGUACCCAAUUCAAUACUGCAGCAAUAUGUGCUAGAGCUUGUUAAUCCUUUGUCAUCCUUAUUAUCUUCUAGUCAAUUAGACGUUGCUGCCUCAUCUGCAAUGGCUUUAAACACAAUCCUCUCUCAUCUGAGUGUAAGGAAGGAGGAAAAGGUCUGGAAGACAUUAAAAGAAACAAAAGCUGUUUUUUCUGUAAUUAAUAAUAUAAAAGGGCUUUCUGAUGGUGCUGUGCUGAACGAAUAUUUUGAAGUAAUGGCGUCUGUGCUGGCAACAAUACUGCAGCGUUGGCCUCCAUCUAGAUAUCAUGUUUGGAACGAUGCUAAACUGAUGCAAGAUUUAGAGGCUAUCCUUGUAAAGCCUUAUAUUUCCACCAAAGUACCAGUUCUGAAGUUAUAUUCUGCUUUAGCUCUAUGUUCUAGUGGGAUGAAGAAGCUUCUAGAAAAUGAAGCAGGUCUUUUAAAGAUGAUAGUUAACUGCAUCGGAAGCUCCCAACCUAUUCCUGUUCGCAUAGAGGGAUUUAAACUUGCCCGGCGUUUAUUGGCAGAUGAACAGGGAUAUUUGAGAAUGAUGAGUUUGUCUUGCGAGCCCAUUGUUGAAUCCAUAAUUCAUGAGAUGAGCAGAGGACGCCAACAUUCUGGAAAAUUUGCCAAUGAAAAAAUGUCUUUACUAGUGGAGGCAUGUCGUUUGGCACUGCUUAUCUGUUGGGAAGGGAAGCAGCAUAUAUAUUUUUGGAAGCAUGGAAUUGACAGGGUCCUUUUGGAUCUUCUUCGAGAAGAUUUUCUAAAUGGGUUACCUCAACAUUUGCUGUCUGUUGAAGACCAUAUAUCCUUAGCAAGGGAUGGUCUUAAGCCCAAUUCUCUUCUUGCUUUGAGGCCAUACAUCUGGGAUAUUCUUGGAUGGCUUGCAAUACAUGCUAAAGAAGAUUUUAAUCCCAACAUGCAUGGACCUCUAAUACACAUUAACCUUCUCAUUACUUCUGCAUGCUUGGCUUUUGCGGAUUCAAUAAGGAAAGGGGGUUAUAUAUGUCAGGGUGAUGUAGCUGAUAGUGAACCAGCUUCAAGGGCAGCUUUGAUGAUGGUUUAUUCUCCCUGCAAAUAUAUAGCAUCAAAGGCCAGAUUCAUACUGUCUGAAAUUCUGAAGCCAAAUGACAUUGAAUAUCUGCAACACUUACUGGAUACUUUAAAUUACGCAUCUGGGGACAGUUGCGGAACGUCAAAUAUACUUAGAACUAUCAUUAAUUUAAUGGGCUUGACGUGUUAUUGCGCUUUACCCCAGUAUCAAAGCCAUGUUAUAGAGAGUGAUGGGAUAAAUACAUUGUUCACUAUAAUAAGGUGCUGCUUAAGUAAUUAUGUUGCUGUUGAAAGGCUGAGCUUUGCUUCUCAUUUGCGUUAUUUGUAUAGUGAGAGGACUUGUUGCUGGGUUUGUCCGGAAGAUUGGGAAGGCAAAGAUGUUUGCCUGCUUUAUGGGUUGUGGGGGCUAUCUGAGUUGGUACACUGUUAUUAUGUAAGAAACAGUCUAGAUGUGUUUAUGGGUAAGAUGAACUACACUAAAACUGAACUAGUUAAUACACUUUUCGAGAUAUGCACUUAUACUUCUAGUCAUGGACCAAGAUGGUAUGCUGCAUAUAUUCUUAGUCAUUUUGGAAUUUAUGGUUUUCCUAAUAAACUUGCGAAAAGGAUUGGGAAAGCACUUAAUGGGGAUACUUAUGCAGACAUGCAACUCAGGCUCACAAAUGGGCAGUCUGUAAGUGCUCAUGGUGUUGUUCUUGCCACUCAAUGCCCAUCAUUGCUACCUCCUGAAGAAUCGGAUCCUAAUGGUAAAACAUCUGAUGUUUCUUCAGCAAGAGACGACGCCAAUGAGCUGUCUGGAAAGUUUCAGAAAGUAGUUCGUUUAUCUUCUCAUGUUGAUCCUGAGUCAUUGAUGAAAUUGUUGGAGUACGUUUACUUUGGAUAUCUGCAGGCUGGAGAAGAAGAAGUUAUGAAGUUAAAGAUUCUCGCCAAACGUUGUAAGUUGCAACCUUUGGUACGACUUCUUUGCAGGAGGCGUCCACUAUGUGGUACUCUUGUAUCCAGCUUUGAUCUUACUCCAGCUCUUGGGUCCAGCUGGCAAUCAUUUUCGGAUAUCAUCUUGGAAGCUAAGGCAGCUGAACAGACUUGCUGGACAUGCAGUCUUUGCUCUCUACUGGUGCCUCAUGUGCAUGCUCACAAGGUUAUAUUAUCUUCAGGUUGUGAUUACCUGAGGGCCUUGUUCCAGUCAGGAAUGCAGGAGAGCUGCUCAAAGACCAUAAAGGUUCCUGUUAGCUGGGAAGCAAUGGUUGAACUGGUGCACUGGUUUUACACUGAUAAGCUGCCGAGUCUUACCUUUGGAUGUUUAUGGGAUAAUAUGCAUACUCAGGGAAGGUUUUACAAGCUACAACCAUAUGUGGAACUUUAUCAGCUUGCUGAGUUCUGGUGUUUGGACGCUGUUCAUGAUGCCUGUUUUAGGGUGAUUAUUUCAUGUUUAGAUUCUGAUGGACUCUUGUCUUCUAAAGUAAUCCAAUUUGCUUUUAAUUUAUCCCUCUGGAAGUUGGCUGAAGUUGCAGCGAAGUACAUGGCCCCUUUAUAUCGUCAACUACUCAACUCUGGGGAUCUUGAGGACCUAGAUGAUGCGUUGGUUGAAAUGGUCCGUGCUGCCUCUGUUCAACUUUCUCAUGAGGAUGUUGCCAUUAAAGGGAGAGAAAUAGAGCAUUACAUGGGAGACUACCAAGAUUUUAAUAUAUGACGAGUAGUUUGAUUACGGAUGCAUCAAUGGAGUGUCAACAACAUAGUUUAUGACUGGUAAAGGGAUGGAUGUUGCACUCCCCAUCAUCAAAACAAAACUUUUCAAGCCUUUUGGUAAACUUAAAAUCCUGACGACGUUGAUUAUAUCGAAUGAAUCAUCUCUUUUCUUGAUGCAUUCUUUUCAAUGCAAUGUCCGGGCAUCAAUCUAGGAAAAUAUAUAUGAAUUGACUUUGGGCUCUUUUCGGUGAUCUUUUGGAGGCAUUUUCAUGAAGCUAAGGAGAUGGUGGUAAACAGCAGCAAAAACCAACAUAUUUGACAAGAAUCUUCUUUACACAGGUCUUCAAACUAGCAUCAUGCAAAUUGGGACCUACAGGGAUGAUAGAAUGAGAAAAACCAGUCAGUCAAGCAGUCAAGCCCUUAAAUUUAAGAAGCUUUCCUGGAACCAUAUUUUUCAGAAAGUUUUGCUGUCAUUCCGGACUUAUUUGGUGAUCGAUUGUUGUAUUAGUCCUCUUUGUCGUGAAAACACUUCAUUGUGUGGAUUUCCAACGUCAAAGACAUGUGACAAUGAUGAUGAAUUGCCAUUUCUCUGUGAAAUGGAAGAUUUUGCGAGUGGAUUUGACUGGAAGGUUGUGACGAUGGGUUACUGGUGAUUGGAUUGUCUAUAUGUUGUAUUCUCAACAGGUAAGGCGGAACGGUUUGUGACGAUGGUAGAAGUAGAACGACCCAAAAAGGCUAAAAGAGCAAAAAUAAUUGCAAUGGACGAAGAAAUUAGAAUGCAACAUUUGUGCUAUAAGCAUGGAGUGGCGAUAUGCUUGGGGUAUUGUAUUGUAUUGUCUUUGCAUUUUUAGAGGGGAUUUUCUUCUUGUCGAUGUGCAAGAUUUAAGACGGCUGCCUCUGGUGAUGGGAGCUUAUGGCUGAAUUCAGCGUCCAUUUAACGAAUCCAUGCGAUGAGGGAGAAGAUAGGCGGCAUUAUAGUAUGAAAGAUGUAGAAGUGGGAUGUGCUGGAAUGUGAGUUCUUGAAGAAAGGGAGAGGACGGGGACGUGGGGUUCUCUGCAAUGUAAAUUCAGCCUUAUCUGCAACUUUUAAGGCAGUUAAUAUUGGACAACAAAAUAUUCAAGUAUUGUGGUUAUUCUUACCAAA